AUGGAUGGGGACCACAAUACUGACCACACGAGAAGAGAAGCUAUAAGACCUAUCAGCCUGAAGACAACGAGUCCUAUGCAGCAGAGAUUAAAGACCUGCAGCUGGUGCUGUCUGAAGCCAAUGAGACCAUACAGGGGCUGCAGGAGCAGCUGUCACAGGAGAGACAGUUAAGGAAGGAAGACGAAGAGGCCUUCAACCAGAAAGUUGCCCAGCUGAAGGAGGAUCAGCAGAAACUGCUCUUAAGACGAGACUUUGAGCUGCAGAGCCUGAGCCUAGAGAGGAGACUGGAGCAAAAGUUCUGGAGCCAGGAGAAGAACGUCCUCCUGCAAGAAGUGCAGCAGUUCAAGCAGAGCUUCUUUCUGACCUUCAUGAAGCUCAGGUGGUUUCUUCAGCGAUGGCAGAAGGGAAAGGUCCUGCCAAGCGAAGAAGAAGACUUUCUGGAGGUAAACAGUGUGAAGGAACUCUACAUGCUAAUAGAGGAGGAGGAGUUAAACCUUCCGUGUUCGGAGUACAAAGCCUGCGACGGAGAAAGUUGGCCGCAGAACACGACCAUCGAGUCCAUCAAAUCCCUUACUGACGUUAAGAGAAUUCUCAAAGACCUUUGUAACGAGUUACAGGAAGAAAGGAGAGGAAUGAACGAACUUCAGCAGCAGUUUGCAAGAGCAAAGGCAGCCUGGGAGAUGGAGAGGACGGAGCUGAAGCUGGAGUCCAGUAAACACGGUGCAGACAGAAAUUCUCCGGAUAUUAAAGCAGCUUUGAAGCGGGAGCGAGAAGAGCACCAACAUCUUCUGGCAGAGUCCUACAGCGCGGUCAUGGACCUCACCAAGCAGCUGCAGGUCAGCGAGAAGAACUGGACACAGGAGAAGGAGGAGCUGCUGGCCCGCUUCCAGGAGGAGCGCAUGAAAACGGAGGAGCAAGUAAAAGAGCUGCAGGGAAAGCUAAAGCAGAAAGGAGAGUCGUGGGUUAGAAGAGGUCCGGAGAGGGAGAGCAGCUGCUGGAAGGAGGCGCUCAAUGACAAGAUGCAGGAUAAAGAUAUUGACUGUGACAUGGAUGCUAAUGGGACUGUUUUAAAAAGAACAAAGUCAGUUUCAUCCAUGUCCGAGUUCGAGAGUUUGCUGGACAGUUCUCCUUACCUGCCUGGAAAAUCGCCCUCAAAUUAUGAGAAGAUGAAUGGAGUCCUGGACUCCCAGCACCUGGCCAAUGGUUCCAUGGAACCAGACAUUGACCAGAAAGGCUGCACUUAUAUGCACGACAAGUCCUCACCUGAGCACUUAACGAAGGACAAGCUGGGACUGUCGUCUUGGGAUUACAAAGUGGAUAAGACUGGGAACAAUGGAGAGCCAGGUCACAAGCAAAUACAGAGAAGCUACACUGCCCCAGACAGAACAGGAAUUAGGAUUUAUUAUAGUCCACCCAUAGUGCGCAAAUUGGAUGCUCCUUUUGUCCACAAUAAAGAAGAAAAGAUUGUGGUAGAACCAGGAUUCCUUUUCACCAUGGCAAAGCCUAAAGAAACAGAAAAUUCAGAGUGCAUUUCUGGAAGUUCUUACAACCAGUGGUUGUGCAACUUCUCCAAGAAGCAGAGGGAUCUCUUGGACAAAGACAGCACUAAGGAGCCUUCUUCAUCUGUUUCCGCCUUCCCAUCUCCAUUGGGUGAUUUAGAGAUCUCGGGGAACAUGAGCGACGAUAUGAAAGAGAUCACCAACUGCGUUAGGCAAGCCAUUCGCUCUAGUUCUCUAGAAAGAAAGACCAAAAGCACAUCCAGCCAGACUCUUUCCAGCAUAGGAGUCCAAACUGUCCAAAUGAUUAGCAUAGGUCUUCAAACUGAUCUACACCGAACAAGCCUGCAUGCCAAAAGUUGGUCACCAAGAAGUUCUUCCAUGCUGUCUGCAAAGACCAAGCAUAUAUCGACCUCAUUGGACAAGGUCCACUCUCGGAUUGAGCGGCCUUGCUGCUCUCCCAAGUAUGGCUCACCCAAACUACAAAGGAGGUCAUUGUCAAAACUGGACAAUUCUAAAGAUCGAAGCCUGUGGAACCUUCAUCAAAACAAACAAAACGGCUCCGCCUGGGCCAGAUCUACGACCACUCGAGACAGCCCCGUCCUAAGCAACAUCUAUGACGGUUCAUCUAGCCUAUUCAACGUAGUGGAUCAUGCUGGAAGCACAGAGUCCCUGUAUAAACCGAAUUUAGCCGAGGGCAGAAAUAAAGGAGAGGCCACUAAGUACGGCAUUGUUCAGGAAUUCUUCAGAAAUGUAUGCGGCCGUUCGGCUCAGGCUUCUAGUACAGGUGCUGAAAAGAAAGAGGUGGAGGACAGUAGCAAAAGGCCGGACAACCAUGACCAUUGUUCAUCCGCCAUGUGCCAUCCAUCUCACAACGUGUCUAAACUGCUGAGCAAGAGAACCAGCCUAGGGAAUAAAGAUGGAGGCUCCAAGGACUCUGACGUCACUUCCACCUCAGCAACUGAAGAUUUUGCCUGUAAUUGUAGCUCGCACCCCGUAACAUCCUGCUUCUCCAGACCAUCCCGCACCCACUCGCGCCAAUCCCAAAGCAAGUGCCAGCUCCACCAAGAGUUGGGCCUUGAGGACAAACCUGCCAGCGCAUCGAACUAA